ACUCACUCACACUUGAUGUGAGAACUCGAUGGAACUCUCUCUACCUUAUGAUGGAGAGAUUCCUAGAGCAAUAACCGGCAAUUCAAGCAGCCAGCUUGGAUCAACGGCUGAGAAAGAAUAUGGAGAGGGACAGGUAGAGCUAGUCUAGAUAGGAGAGAGGAAAAUCUGGGUAUCCUACUCAACAUACCACCAAUACACAAGAUAAAUAAAACACAAAGCAGCUCAAGUUUCAGUCAACUUCAAGUCAGAGUCUAAUGUUAGAUUAGAUCAUUAAAAAUAAAGUGUAAGCAAGAAUAACUAUUCAUUUUAUAUUAUAAAAUGCAUCCUAAUUGUCACAGACUUGCCCGGCUGAGUGAUGAAGACUUCAGGAAGGCAGAGGACUUCAUCAACUUGAUGAGAGUUCUUUACACUUCCACGCUUUGCGUUUCAAAUGAGAAGAACCCCACAUGUGGCCAGAUCCUGCCAAUUCUGAAAAAGCUUGAGAUGCACUUUACUGUUGUUGAGGGAGACACAGUUUUUAUAACCAAUCUCAAGAAGCAAGUUUGGGCAAACUUGUCCAAGCGAUAUCAGAGUGAGGACAUCAGGAACUUUCUUGAAGUGGCCACAGCAUUAGACCCACGCUUCAAACUAAAUAUUGGUGGUGAUGAUGAUGCUGUCUGGGACCGAAUCAAAAGAGACAUGAUGAAAGACUCCGAGCAUGAGCAGCAGUCAACAGAGGACGAUUGUGGAGAAGGUAGUGAGAAAAGGGAUGAGAAUGAUGAAGUGGAGGAGGAAGAUGAGAAUCAACAACCUCCAAGCAAACAUCCAAGAAAGUCUCCAUUGGAGGAGCUUUUUGCCGAUGAGGAUGCAGAAAAGAUGUCAUCUCAUAGGAGGACCAUGUCCAUCCAGGACCAGGCAGAGAAGGAGAUCCAGAUGUAUAAGGAGACACCACCAACCUUUACGUCUGAUGACCCUGCUUGCCUCAAGCUUUGACAGUACACUCUGUCCCCUCAUCUGUUGAUCUUUGCCAAGAAUCUUGACACAAACACAGAUCUUACCUUCGGUUUCACGAAUCAUACGUAAACUGCAUAUUUGCAGCCUCAAUAUUUAAGUGCGUAUGUUAACAGGUUACAGAGCUGAAGCAGCUGUGCUGCAAUCAUUUCAGCGCUGAGCUUAUGUUGCAUCCAUAGAUAAUAUAUCUAUAAUCAGAAAGGAUGAGGGUCAGCCUUUCCAGCCGCACAGUGUGUGCCUGACUUUUUUGUGCAUUUAUAAGCUUCUGUACCGAUUAUUAUAUAUCCUAUGGAUUUACAUUCUGACUAACACUGUAAAAAAUUGCUGUAAUUAUGCAGCUGGUUGCACGUGACAGAUCAACUAAGCAAUAUGAUGACAUGUGAGAGGGCUGUCUGUAAUCGCGCACCAAACGACUCUGAAUAAAAAACACAGACUUAUCAUUACGGUUGGGGUUCCAGUGUUAAGAGAUAGCUUUCCUUCCUGCCUUUUUCAAAACGAUCACAUCUUUAUGACGAAAGCGUGCCCGGACUCGGAUCGAUAAAAAGUACAGUGUGAGUGCGUGCACCUGGGGGAGUAGGGAGGGGUGACAAAUCUCGCUGGGGCAUGGUUUGGUUUGGAUAAUGCGAGUGCGCCCUAAGAGCUUAAUCCACUCAUUAUUCAUAUUCGGAAGUCUACUGGUUUUCAAUGUGACGGGUGACUUUACAUUACAGCUUUGCGUUUUUAUAUCUUGAGUGAGCUUACAUAAUAAGAUCACUCCCAGAUCAAAUCGCGUUUUACACACAAUAUUGCAGCAUCA